GCGGCUCUAGUCGCACGCGUGCGAGAGAGACGAUCACGACGAUAUUCGGCGUGCGGUACUUUUCUUAACAGACGCGGAACGCGCGUCACACAGAUAUUACAUGCGAUAGUGACCAACACACUACCGGUCAUCCCUCCGAGGUGAUUCCGUGCAAGAUUUUCGCGAAGGGGUCGAAAACAAAUUUGCGCGUCCGAAGGAAAUAACUAAGUUGACGAUAUUGUCCUGCUCCGAAGGAAGAGAGAGAGGACAGCGAGCUUCAAUUUGAUUCUGUCUUUUGGAUCACAUUUCUUGGGAUACGCGUUUCACAAUCUCUCCCUCUUAAAUACCAACGAGGGCGAAGAUCUAGAAUUUAAACGCCGAUAGUCACGCACGGAGCACUCGCGCGAGAAAUCGAUUGGUUCUUUGAGGGUGACCGACGACGGUGGGUUUCUUGUGGAAUCCGUGUGAAAAUUGGUACAAGGGAGAUCACUAGCCGAUACGCCAAGGAGUAGUGAUCUCGUGAGGACAUUUGACGAGAAACGACUGCCGAGAUAAUACUGAUGAGGAUCCAGGAAGCAUCAUCUUUUGAUAACAACUUAGAACAAAGUAUUCUAUCAGGGUGGCUUCACGAGGGAGCGACGCCUCGUAGCAUGUCGGCUAUUCGUAUCAACGUGGAGGAGGUUUCCAACGGCGGCAAGGAUAUCGUUAGAGACAUCGAGACGACGGCGGUAGCUGCCGCCAACCCGCUUUCCUGGCACAUCCCAAGGCCGUCCUUGGUCGGACGCAGCGAGAGGGACAGCGAAAAUGGAAGCUGGGCUCAUCACUUGCAUCCGAACUCCCCCUCGAGAGGGUCGACGUCGUCUCAAGGAUCCACCGCCAGUACACACAGCGCCGCGUCGGGAACGUUGCUACUCACGGCCGCGAAUCUGGCGAACCUCGCCGCCAUACACCCGCCCACGGUAACAUCACCAAAGCAGAUGGACACUGCUUCGGUGGCCAGCAGCACCCACUUCACGGUCGUGAACGGUCUCGGCAGACCGACCACUGUCUACAGGAAGUCUUGGUGCGCGCGAAAUCAACUCACCGUUCUCGUGUGCACUAUGAGUUUUCUGUUCAUGGUCGGUCUGCUCGCUGGGAUUCUUUACAUGGAAAUGAGGGCUCGCGACAAGUACAACUAGGCCGAGGGUGAGCGAGGGGAGGAAGAAACGGCGACGACACGUGACCGUGAAUGAUGAUCAUAGUGAUAGAAACAAGCAACGAAGGAUAUGAUUACUGCAGAGAGAACGGGAAAAAUCAUCUCCACGAAGAUGAAAGAGAGAGGAGAAACGUACGACCCAGUCACGAUAUUAAUUUGACUUACUCAUAUUUAUACGUAUAUGUACAUCUGCGUUGUAAGCCAUUCAGGCCGUUCUCAGUUAGUAGACGUUCCCGGUUAGAGUCUUAAGCGUAUACUGUAUAGAGUCUUAAGUGUAUUGCACCGCGACAAAAGUGUGGUACGUGAAAUCAAGUAAUUACAUUUGUGUAAUGAGCGACGUACGGUUAAGGAUUGACGAGAUCCUCGCGAUGGGAUAGCUUUGCGUAUUUAUGCUGGAACUUAACGGAUUCUUCGGAUCGUACUGCGAGACACGAUUCAAUGAAUAACGUAAAUAUUUUUAUGAUAAUUAACUUCUUACCGCGUAGCGCGUGUCAUAUAGAGCACAAGCAACUUUCUCUAAAAUUUCUUCACUAUUUUACUGUGUGGUUAUGACAUCUCUCUCUGCACGCCGCAUAAUUUUUUGCAUAGAAAGAUAUAUGUGGUAAGGGGUUACGGACGACAGUGACACAUCACGUGGUUUACGAUUGCUCUAAAUAAAACGUAUUUUUCGUAUACGCUUCUCCUACGUAGUUCUCAACUGAUUUAUCAUUUGCUGUAAAUCGUAUUGACAUAUCG